AUGCUUAAAUACACCGCCGAAUCCUGUCAAGACCAGUGCGCCGCGAGAAACUCAAAGGUGCCUUCACCGCCAACGCACAGGGACGACCCCAGACACCCAUUACCGGAACCAAAACGCAAGUCCACAUGCUGUCAGAAGUGCAAGUCCGUCUGCUCGGCGUCUUCGUCUCUGUGUUAUGGCUGCUGGAUGAGCCGCGAGGCACCGCUGCGAUGGUUGUGGGAUUCAGGUUGCUUUUACAAACACAUUUUUUCCCCUUUCAAUGCAGGCCCCCAUCGGACCUGCGGCAUUCGGACUGCAAGACGUGCUCGAGUGGUUGGGGGCCAAAUGGCAUAUGACGGAGAAUUCCCCUGGCUGGUUUCCAUACAAUUUGUACCGUCAAUGGGGGAAAAUAAGUGUGGCGGCACUAUCCUGAAUGAACGGUGGAUUCUCACAGCGGCUCACUGCUUUUACGGAUACCAUAAGUCUAACUUCGUUGUUCGUGUGGCGGAGUAUAACCUUCGUACAAAGGAGCCCCGAACACCCGCCGUGACGUACACCAUCGACAAGUUAAUCAUGCAUCCGGACUACCGCAAGGUCAAGAAAUACGACAACGACAUCGCGCUGGUUCGGCUGAGCCUUAAGAUCCGCUACAGCGAGUACGCACAGCCUGCUUGCCUUCCAAGUCUCACACUGGCCGACACAACUGGCAUCAAUGUUACUGUCGUUGGCUGGGGGCAAGUGUCCGAGGAUGUCCCUAAGACGCCAGCUGUCCCACUGAAAGCUGUCCUGACCGUCUUUGACAACCAGAUCUGCAACACCUGGCUCCAUAAUCACUCCAUGCGAGUCCUUGACAACCACAUGUGCGCGGGUCUUGAAGAAGGUGGAAAGGACGCUUGCCAUGGCGACUCUGGAGGACCCCUCCUUGCGGUGAACGACCGUCGCUACGUGGUUGUGGGCGUGGUGGCAGCAGGGGACGGCUGUGCCCUGCCUAGGACACCUGGCAUCUAUACGCGGGUAACAGCGUUUCUGCCCUGGAUAAUGGACCACAUCUCUCCGGACAGCAGCGACAUUGUCAACAUCGCUAGCUGCAAGCGUGGGAUUCCCCGUCCUCACGAGCAGCAUCAGAGCUGGAUGCUCACCGAGCCGCAGUUCCCGGACGUAUCCCCAGCCGGCAACUGUGCCGUUCUUGCCGGCGGCGUAGAGGCUCCUGUCGGAGGGCGACGGCAGGCAGGCCGGCACCGCGAAUGCGCCCAUAGGAAUGUCCGAGGCGAGCCGCAGCAGGCCGAUGUCGUUGCUGAGCCUCUUGGGCUGGCCGAACAGCGGAUGCAGCAGCAGCUUCUCCGGCACCAGCGUACACACAUGGCCAGCCCGGUGCACCGUAGCUUGCUGGUGAUAUUGGCGGCGUGGAGCGCUUUCCUUUCGUGCCCGCUUGCGUCGUACGCUGCUGUUCUUGCUCAACAAGCAAGCUACCAGUGUGGCAGGCAGAUGAUACGUGAUGGGAGAAUCGUGGGCGGACACGAUGCUUACGACGGCGAGUUUCCUUGGGUGGCGUCUCUGCGUCUUUACGGUCAGCAUUUUUGCGGCGGCGCCAUUCUUAACAAGCGCUGGGUUAUCACGGCCGCGCACUGUCUUCGCAGCAAACCCCCGCGGCUCUUCAGCGUUCGACUGGGAGAGUACAGCAUAGGAAAGACAGAGGAAGAUCACGAACCGCAGGAUAUCCGCCUGGUCCGCUACAUCAUCCACCCACGUUAUUCGCAGCCCAGGCGAUACAACAACGACGUCGCCCUAUUAGAGCUCGCCCAGGACGUAAAGUUCAACCGCUAUGUCAUUCCCAUUUGUCUUCCGGAAGGGCCGCUACAGCUGAAAGGAAAAUCUGCUACUGUCGCCGGCUGGGGCAACAUCAAGGAUAUCGACAAAGAUUCCUCGGGGGACGGCUUCGCCGGAGCGAGGAAAGACAUUCUGCAGAAGGUGACCGUGCCCAUCGUUGCCAACGACGAGUGCAACGGCUGGUACGCCCAGUCGGGCAAGCUGGUGCAUCUGCAAGACACGCAGCUUUGUGCGGGCUUCAAAGAAGGAAAGAAAGACGCCUGCCAGGGUGACUCUGGCGGCCCCCUGAUGUUCUACGACGGCUCCAAGUACGUGCUGAUUGGAGUCAUCUCUGCGGGAUUUGGUUGCGCUCGGCCCUUGCUCCCAGGCCUCUACACGAGGGUGUCUGAAUACAAGCCCUGGCUUAACAAGUACAUAAAUUCUUGAAGAGCGGCCCUGUGCAGUGCUAGGAAAUUGCUAUAAAUGUAGCUGCUGCAACGACACGAACGCAUGAAGUGAUGUGUGUCGUGGAAAUGUAUCGAUCGUGACCGAGCACCCGAACAGUCUGCCUCUGGAUCUUCCACGUCGACAUUUUGGAAGAAGCUUCGGUCCGCCUACAACAUGCAUUCGUGACUCUUCUGUGUAGCCUAGUCUCGUACCUCGACACACUCGAAUGCUUGCUCGUGUCUGUCGUGGUUGCAUUCAAGCACGUUUCCUGGCUAGAUGUGUGUGUUCUGUUUCAGUCUGCUAAAACUCGCUGUGCAAGAUGAAAAUUUAACACUGCACCAAAGAAACGACGUAUGAGAAGCUUCUCGUUUUCAAGCAUUAAAGGGCACCGGCUUAGCGUAGAUGUAUGCCGAAAUACUUAUAUAGGAACGGCAGUACUGGUAGCGACUUCUUGUGAAACUGUGAUUGACCAUAAUGACAUAGGAGCGUUCUGGCACUGUCAGACUGUCCAACAUUUUCGGCAAAGAAUAUUAUGUCGGUAUUCCUGUGACACCUAGGGUACGAACAUUUGGAUAGGUGCACUUGUCAGGCACCCUGAUUUUUUUUGAAAUUUUACCCAACCUUCAGCAGCAUGUUUACGCUGACACUUGAAUCGAACACUGUGAUAGCAUUGCUAGGUCAGCGCGUUUAGACCCAGUGCAGCUCCGCAAGAUGUCUCCACCAGCAAUGCUGUUUGAUUCUACACUUUCCGGUGCGUCGGUAUACGUCUACGCUAGCAUCUCACCCUAUGCUAAAACCUUCUAUAACGUUCACGAAAACAUGCUAAUAACUAGUGGACGGAAACAUGUUUUGUUUAUUACAACACCAAGUAACUUCGUCACCGUGCAUUACGAUAAUGAGUAGUGAUAUUGUUAUUUACCUAUAUGGUUCAGGGGUGUAGAAUUACGACCAAUUUCGCACUUUGGAUGACGCGUUUAGUAAAAACUGAGAAUGUCUAUCUCCAAUUCUGCUGUCUUUUAAUUUGGCUUCUUUAUCAGGCCAUAAUUUUCUCCGUGAAUUUUUUGAAGGGAUGUAACUAAGGUUAAGAUAACUAGGCGUGAAGGUUUUCGAGCCUCCUCAGGAGUAAAUCAAAAAGAGCGGACAGUUUUGUUAUAUUUUGACUGUAUGCGUGCCGUUCUUGUUUUGCAUGUUUAAGUUGUGUUAUUACGUGCUGUUUUCAAUCUUUUGUACUUUACCUAGUCACCUAAUCUUGUGAGCCCAGUGACCCCAUCUUGUAAACCAGCGUUGCUUCUCUGUCUACCUUUAUGUGGAAAACAUGUAAUAAAAUUACAAACGUCUUUGCUC